AUGCGCGAAGUCAUUGAUAACGGAACAGAUCAAUGCAUGGUGUUUGAAUACUUGGAUACAGACCUAUGGUCGUUAAGGGCUAAUGCGCAGGAACUCGGCCAGCCUUUUCUAAAAGCUACUGCAAAGUCCAUCCUCGAGGCUGUGAAGGUGUUCUCAGAUAUGGAUGGGCAUUUUACUGCCGUGCAUACAGAUAUUAACCCUAACAACGUCCUGGUCUCUGAUGUGGACUCGUCGAAACCUAUAGCCAAACUUGCUGAUCUUGGAGCAUUGGUUACUUCCGAGGGCUUUGACGACUUCCGAUUGCAAGGGGUUGAAAUUCGUGCUCCAGAGAUCUGGAAGGGAGUAUUGCCUACGCCUCCUUGCCAGAUAUGGUCCGUUGGUAUUACUCUAACGCACUUUUUCGCGAAUCGAAUUAUAUUUGGAAACUGGGACCAGGAUUCCCGUGCCAAAGAGUUCCCUCUUGAUGUGAAUAAAUCCGCGUGGGCAAUUGGCAAGAUUAUUAAACUUGUUGGACCAUUAGAACGAGACGAAGAUCCCAAGUAUAAACCCGAACUUGACCUAGCAGAAUUCUUUGUGAAACAGGACCUUAUUAAAGUUGGAUCUCUUGAAGAAGAGCUUGCUAAAAUAAAUACCCCUAUAGAUUGUGUUGACUUUAUUCGAUAUCUCCUGACUAUCGACUACAAGACACGGCCAACGGCUGAGCAAGCACUACAGCAUCCAUGGCUUCAGGAUUUGGAGUGA